UAUCUCUCUCUAGACAAACAAGCAGGUUGUGGGUUUGCUACUAAGCAUAGAUACAGAUUUGGUUGGUUCAGCAUGAAGCUGAAAUUGGUGGGUGGUGACUCAGCUGGGGUUGUGACAGCCUUUUAUAUGUGUUCUGAAUUUGAUGAUAAAGGGCCAGGAUGGGUCAGCAGAGAUGAGCUGGAUUUCGAGUUCUUGGGGAACAGAACAGGGCAACCUUACCUCAUACAAACCAAUGUGUACAAGAAUGGCACCGGCGGGCGUGAGAUGCGCCAUGUUCUCUGGUUUGACCCGACCGAGGACUUCCAUACCUAUUCCAUUCGUUGGAACCCACACAUGAUUGUGUUCUAUGUGGAUAGGGUUCCAAUAAGAGUAUACAAAAAUGCAAACUACACAAACAACUUCUUCCCCAUUGAGAAGCCAAUGUACUUGUUCUCAAGCAUAUGGAACGCUGAUGACUGGGCAACAAGGGGCGGUAUGGAGAAGACAGACUGGAAAAAUGCACCGUUCGUGUCAACCUACAAGGACUACAAUGUGGAUGCUUGCCAGUGGGAGGAUCCCUACCCUGAAUGCGUCUCCACCACAACACAGAACUGGUGGGACCAGUACAAGUCAUGGCAUCUCUCCGCUGAUGAGCAGGUUGACUACGCUUGGGUGCUCAGGAACCUUGUGAUCUAUGACUACUGUCCGGACACCACCCGAUAUCCGACUAAGCUUGAGGAGUGCUGGCUAAGUCCGUGGGACUGAUCAUACAGCAUUACACAUACGUUCACUGUCAUACCCAGUCCCCCUGUCCAUUACUCUAUUGGAGUAUAUUUGUCUUCUGAUCUUUUUAACACACGUUAUUGAAUAUGUAUUGAGUUUUGGUUCAGUGUAUAAUUCGUCUUCUGAUCUUUUUCACACACGUUAUUGAAUAUGUAUUAAGUGUAUAUUGGUGUAGUAUAUAUACUUUAUUCAAUAUUGUUUGGGUACUAUACAUUGAUUAUUUUUGUUGAGGAUUUGAACCAUCCAUCAUAA